AUGCCACUUCCAUUAAUUGCUCGUAAAUCUCUUAGAGAUAAUGAAGAACACUUGACAGCUGCCGUCGAGUCUAUCAAAGAGUCAUUGGGUGUCGAAUGGUCCUUUGAGUUUGACUUUGAAGUCAUCCACGCCAAGGCCACCGACGACUAUGUCAAGAACGACCUUGGUGGCCUCUUUUACAAGACUGUCGCCCUCGAAGGUGUCGCUGCCAACGUCAAGGACACUGCCAAGGACGAAAUCACCAAGGAAGCCCUCAUCGAGGCCAACACCAACAACAAGGUCAUUGUCCGUAUCAACGAAGACAAAAAGGACAACAGCUACUGGAAAUUCCAAUUUGAAAACGGUUCGCUCGUCCUCUUGUUCCGUAUGUCUCCAUGCAACGUCUCUGAAAUCAGAUACUUUAAGCUCGCCAAGAUCAUCCCAUCGCCAGGUGUCUACUCUUUGGAAGCCCGUCUCGACUUGAAGAACAACAAGGAAUCAUGGGAUGAAGCCCUCGAAACCAUCAAGGCUGCCACCGGCGACGAAUGGUCCGUCGACGAAGAAGCCCUUGAAAAGGUCUACCCAGGUCUCGAAGCCUCCUACCAAACCAGAAUCGGAGAGAUCUUUGGAGACUGUCUCCAAAACAUCGCCGCCAACAUCAAGAAGAGAUGUGAAGACGAUAUGGUCAAGGAAGCCUUCACCGAAGUCACCACCAACCACAAGAUCGUCUUUAGAAAGGUCGACAAGUUGCCAGAAUACUGGGUCUAUGCCUUUGAACAAGUUGGUAUUAGAGAAGAGAGAGAAAGAGAAAGAAAGAGAGAUAGAUAUACUUGA